AUGACGUAUUACGACAAUUCGACGACACCACGGGAGAGCUCAGAAAUGAGACACCAAGCAGGAACCGCCAUGAAUUGGACUAGUGAAGAACAAGCAAUUCUUAGUGAUGGUCUUGCUAGAUAUUCUUUGGAACCAACUAUAUCACGUUAUGCAAAAAUCGCGUCAAGGCUUCAAAACAAAACCAUUAGGGACGUUGCUCUUCGUUGCAAAUGGAUAUAUAAGAAGGAAAGUAACAAGAGAAGAAAAGAAGAUCACAAUGGAUCUAGAAAAGCAAGAGUUGAUAAUAAGGAGAUUAUUGAUAUGGUGGUGGCUUCAAACUUAGCUCCACAUCUAUUACCUAGAGAAGAAGAUGGAAUCACCUAUGAGCUUCUUAAACAGAAUGAGCAAUUGUUCAAUCAGAUUUCUGCAAAUCUCACAUCAUCAAGGUUAACAGAAAACUCGAUAUUAUUCUAUAAAAUCCGUGGAAACAUCAGAGAACUUCUCAAAAAUUUGAAUGAGAAUGUGCCGGAGACGAUGAAGCAUAUGCCACAGUUGCCGGAGAAAUUGAACGAUGAUCUUCUUGAUUCAUUCCUUCCUCCCACAGAUCUACCAAUGCUACUAUGA